GAGGCUGCGCGGUAAAGCUGGCGCCUCUUUCCGGUCUGCUCUGGCCGCAAGGAGAAGGUUGCGAGCGCAGUUCCCGCACGCAGGGACCUGUCCCAGGCGGCCUGCUGCCCCCACGCCUCUCAGCCCCUGACUUUCUCUGUGGGAAGCGCUGUGUCCAGUGCAAUCCCCCAAAGCAGCGUCCUGUACUAAAGGUACCGAUGAAGAUGAAUGGGAUUUGGAGAAAUUCUAUUUCUUGUCUAAGGAUAAGAAAGCUGCCACGCAGAUACCAAAGUGGUCGUCACCCAGUGGCCCCUCUGGGAUCGAGGAUUUUAACUGACCCAGCUAAAGUUUUUGAGCACAACAUGUGGGAUCAUAUGCAGUGGUCAAAAGAAGAAGCAGCAGCAGCCAGAAAAAAAGUAGAGGAAAACUCGGCUGUGCGAGUCCUUCCGGAAGAGCAAGUUAAGUAUGAGAGUGAAGCUUAUAAAUAUUGGGACACAUUUUACAAGAUUCAUAAGAAUAAGUUUUUCAAGGAUCGAAAUUGGCUCUUGAGGGAAUUUCCUGAAAUUCUUCCAGUUGAUCAAAAAACUGAAGAGAAGACAAAAGAAUUAUCAUGGGACCAUGUGAAAACUAAUGCUGCAAAUGGUUUCUCAAGAAAGCACUGUCCUACUGUACCCGAAGAAAAACACUGUGAGGAAAGUUCUAGCUUGUCAGAUGGUCAAAGUGAGAUGGAAUCUGAUUUUUCCAAACUUGACCUUGAAGCACACAGAAAAGGACCCCCGGAGACUGAGCUGUUUCCUGGUAGCAAAGCCACGUUCAGGAUCCUAGAGGUUGGCUGUGGGGCUGGAAAUAGCGUUUUUCCAAUUCUGAACACUUUGCAGAAUGCUCCAGAGUCUUUUCUUUACUGUUGUGAUUUUGCUUCUGGAGCUGUGGAGCUGGUAAAGUCGCACCCGUCCUACAGAGCAGCCCAGUGCUGCGCCUUCGUUCGGGACGUCUGUGAUGACAGCGCACCCUACCCUUUCCCGGAGGGGACGCUGGACGUCAUCCUCCUGGUCUUCGUGCUCUCGUCCAUCCACCCCGACAGGAUGCAAGGUGUUAUAAACCAGUUGUCCAAGUUACUGAAACCUGGUGGGAUGCUGCUAUUUCGGGACUAUGGGAGAUAUGAUAAGACUCAGCUGCGUUUCCGAAGGGGGCAUUGUUUAUCUGAAAAUUUUUAUGUUCGAGGAGAUGGUACCAGAGCCUAUUUCUUUACAAAAGGGGAAGUCCACAGUAUGUUCUGCAAGGCUGGUUUAGACGAGAAGCAAAAUCUGGUUGAUCAUCGCUUGCAAGUUAAUAGGAAAAAACAAGUGAAAAUGCACCGAGUGUGGGUUCAAGGCAAAUUCCAGAAACCAUUACACUUGACUCAAAAAAGCUCCAAAUUGGUAUUUUCACACCAUUAUCAUAGCUGAGCUAUGUACCAUGUUAAGGUACAAACCACAGGACUACAUGAUUCAAAGACUUCCAUAAAGUUUUCAUUUUUGAAAAGACAAUCAGAAGGAGAAAAUGUAUAUAUUCUACUGUUUAUCGUGGGCGAACUCAUGUGUAUUCUAAGCACAUGUGAGUGAUUUGGAAGAGUACACCAUAUUCUGUUUUCAGAACUGAAUAUGAUCAAGCUUGUUUGGGUUUAUGAUGUCAGACCAUUUUGUUUGUUUGAAUUUUGUAAGCAUUCAAUUAAAUUACUGUUAUAAGUCAGAUGAUUCUGAGAAA